AUGGCUGCUGAAGGGGCCGGGGUGGAUCAAUCGACUUGGUGGAAGGGGUUAGCUGCCAUAUGGGAGGACAAUUCCUUGGUCAGGUCCCGUAUUCACCGAGGCGAUCAUUUACUCUUGCCUGAUCCUGAAGCAGUUAACAAAGGGGCUAGUGAAGCUGAUAUUGAGAAGCAGUUCACAGACAAGACGAUGAUGAAUCUGCGGUACAAUGUUGAAGUGCUCGAGCCCGCUCUUCAGAAAUGGGCGGAGAACGACCCGACAGCAGUCCCCUUGGUGGACGAUCUUAGUUCCGAAGUGGAAAAGAUCCUUCAUUUGUGUAACAGGGAUCACCCAGGUGAGGAGGCAGAUGAUGAGACGCCGGCCAAGGCAGUGCCCAGAGGAAGCUCCUGUGCUAAGAGCUUAAUUUCUCCAUUGGGUGCCAUUCGUGAUCCGAGCAAGGACCUGGACUCGAUUGUCAUUUCAGAUGAUGAGCUCAAACUCGAGAAUGUCGAGGAGAGCUGCACCCGUCACCACGCCAAGAGCAUGCAGACGGACAGGGCUUAUGUGGAUGAGUAUUUGGAGGCUUUGAUGUCAGAGGCAAAGCGCAGGAAGCAGAUGGGAUUGAAGUGGAUGUGUUUUCCGACUUUUGUCGUUGUUCGUUCCUGA